CGGAGCUUCUCUAGCUUCACUGCACUCUGCCUACCGUUUUGCAACGCCGACGCCGACGCCGACGCCGCCAUGAACCCGGUUACGGCCGCUGUCUUUAGGAAUUGAUGGACCGCACAGCCCUGACGUUCUGAUUAUGAUACGAGCGCCCUCGCAGUCUCGAAACGCCUCUUAACCCGAUAAAGUCCCCUUCGUCGACCGAUCGCAUCAGGAUUUCUGAAACCUCGAACCAUCGGCCGCGCGCGUCGCUGACGACGGGAUGGCCGACUCGGACGGCGAAUACGUCGAGGAUCUUUCGGACGAUGACCUCGACCACCGCGCGGACUCCGCCGGCAAGGGCAGCUCCUACGGCACGCGAUCCAAGGGCGGUCGCGCCAACGGAAAGUCGGGCGAUGGCCGCAAGGGCGCCCGCUCCAAGGCUGCGUGGGAGGACAUCAAGCGAUCGUGGGAGAAUGUGGUCGAGACAGAAGAUGGCAGCAUCACGAUCGAGGCCCUCAUCGAGGCCGAGAAGCGUCGCCGCCUCAUGCGCGACACGACUCCCUUCCAGCGCGGCAUCAUCCGGCACCUGAUGCUGGUGCUCGACAUGAGCUUCGCCAUGGCCGAGAAGGAUCUCCUGCCGAACCGAUACUUGCUGACGCUCAACUACGCCGUCGACUUUGUGCGCGAGUACUUUGAGCAGAACCCCAUCAGCCAGCUGGGCAUUGUCGGGAUGCGCGACGGCAUCGCCGUCAGGAUCAGCGACAUGGGCGGGAACCCGGCCGAACACAUUGAGAAACUGAGGACCUGGGCCGAACAGCAGGAGCCGCAGGGGAACCCGAGUUUACAAAACGCCCUGGAAAUGUGUCGGGGCGCACUAUUCCACACCCCAUCCCACGGCACGCGCGAAGUCCUCAUCAUCUACGGCGCCCUCCUGUCCAGCGACCCCGGCGACAUCCACGAUACCAUAGCCAAACUCCUGAACGACCGCAUCCGCGUCUCCGUCGUAGGGCUCGCCGCCCAGGUCGCCAUCUGCGAGCAGCUCUGCACGCGCACCAACGGCGGCGACCCUUCCAGCUACGCCGUCGCCCUGCACGAGCAGCACUUCCGGGAGCUCUUCCUGGCCGCCACCACCCCGCCCGUGACCCAGUCCACCCCUCCUCCCCCCGGUGCUGGCGACGGCACAAACAACAACAACAACAGCCAGCAGCAGAGCCAGCAGAGCCAGCAGGCCUCCCUCCUCAUCAUGGGCUUCCCCUCGCGCGCCCUCGCCUCCAAGGACCACGUCAGCCUCUGCGCCUGCCACAACCGGCCCACCCGCGAGGGGUACGCCUGCACGCGCUGCCGCACAAAGGUCUGCCGCCUGCCCGCCGAGUGCCCCGUCUGCGGCCUGACCCUCGUCCUGAGCACCCACCUGGCCCGCUCCUACCACCACCUGUUCCCCCUCCGCGGCUGGGUCGCCGUGUCGUGGGCCGAGGCCGCCAGGGCCAAGUCCGGCGUGUGCUUCGCCUGCCUGGCGCCGUUCCCGCCCGUCCCACCGACGGCCACGGCGGGUGGUGGUGGUGGUGCUGGCGCGGGUGGUGCCGGUGCCGGUGCCGGUGGUACGUCGCUCGACGACAAGGCCGACGGGAAGAAGAAGAAGACGUCAAAGUCGGCGGCCGGGCCGGGGUCCGGCGAGGCCAAGACGCCGGCGGCCGCGGUCGUCGCCGCCGCCGGGGUCAGCGAGAGCGGCCGGUACGCCUGUCCCGUGUGCGGGAACCACUUCUGCAUCGACUGCGACGUCUUCGCGCACGAGAUGAUCCACAACUGCCCGGGCUGCCAGAGCGACACGCGAGGGGCGGCUGCCGCCGCUGCCGCCGCUACCGGUGCGCAACGGGAGAACGGGGAGAGCGGCGGCGGCAGCGGCAGCGGCGGCGGUGGCGGUGGUGGUGGUGGUGGUGGUGACGAUGGGGAGACGAGGGUGAACGGCCAGAGCCAGAGUCAGGGUCAAGGCCAGGGCCAGGCCCAGGCCCAGGGAGGCGAGGGAGGCGAGGCGAUGGUGGUGGAUUCAUAGGUUGGAAGCGAUCGAACACUUCGCGGGGGAUCAUGGGGUGGGAUAUGGUUGCCAACUGGUGUCUUGUGUGUUCUUAAACGGCGUUGAGUGGGUGAGGGAAGGGGCUGACAUCUGGAAGAUAAUCGGAAGACAAAAUCAUUGCGGUAAACUCACAGACAGGAUAAGAGAAAAACAAAUCCAGUAUAGGAGGAGAAAGACCAUGGCGGAGGAGAAAAAAAGAAGAGCAUCAUCAAUUGUGAGUAGAUGCUGCUAAGACUUGAGA